CCCCUUUCUCCUGGAGUCGGGAGCGCGCGUCGAAUCCUGGGCAAAGUCGACCGGGAGGAGAAAACAUCCUUCGGGCUGUUCGGCAUCUCACCCGGAGAAACAUGUUUCCUCCGCCACAAAGCAUUAACGUAGUACGCGCCUUCAAAAAUAAUGUAAGCGGAUUUACUAUAUGGGAAAAACAUACUUCAAGCGAUCUAUAACUAUUUUUCUAUUGUAUUUCGCAAAAGUGCCCGACGAUCUCAAAGCCAAUAAGGAUAGGAAAACGUACUACCACACAGGUCCUGAAAUGGCAGCGACGUACCUCCUCUGGCUCGCGCUGUGGGCAGCUAUUGCUGGGAUUGCACGAGCGUGCCCUGAGGUGUGCGAGUGUAAGGAUGAAGUUAUUAAUUGCGCCUACAAACAACUGCUAGAGGUGCCCGCGCGGCUUCCGUCCAAUACAAAGACACUCAGUCUCACCGCCAACAUAAUCACCUCACUGAAGUCGAAGGACUUCGUGAAUGUUAUCCAAGUGACUAACCUAUGGCUCAGCCACAACAAGAUUGUGACCAUAGAGAGGGGCACACUCACCCCUCUGGUCCAGCUCCGCAACCUGGAUCUCAGCAAUAACAAGAUUGUCAGUUUCCCAUGGGAGGACUUUCUCAACCUCACUUCCCUACAGAUGCUGAAGAUCAACAACAAUGAAAUAGUCAGCUUGCCCAAAGAUGCCUUUGCCAACCUCAAAGACCUGAAGUCUCUUCGCAUCAACAACAAUAAAUUCACCACAGUUGAGCAGGGGACAUUUGACUCCUUGGCCUUGAUGUCCCACUUACAAAUCCACAACAACCCGUUCACCUGCGCUUGCAAGCUGGAAUGGCUGAGGGAUUGGAUUGCAGAGUCUAAGGUCCAUGUCCCAGAGACUGACUCUAUUCUCUGUGAGGCUCCUGAGCAGCUGAAAGGUGCGCUGGUGGCAAAAAUGCCCAGAUUGGGUUGCAUGGCCCCGACAGUCAGAAUAACCUACCAGCCUGACAUUGAGAACACUGAGCUCUAUGAGGGCUUCAUGCUGAUCCUGAACUGUGAAUCCAAUGGGAACCCCAGACCAGACCUCAAGUGGGAAAUACUUGCUGGAAACCAGUACAUAGAGUUCAGUUUGACCACUAAAGGCACAAAAAAAAAUGACCAACCCUUGAAUACUCAACAGUAUGGAAAUCGGUUUCUCGUGUUUGCAAAUGGUACUCUCAUCAUCCCCCACAUGAGCAAAAAGGAAGAUGGCAACUACAGCUGCUUGGCUGUCAACGAGGUGGGCAAGGCAGGAAGUGCCGUCGAAGUGGUGGUUGCUGGUAGCCAGAAACACGCCACCAACUCCAUGCUGGACACAACAGUAGAUAAAUUUGGCCAUCACUCGGGCCCCAAGACCUCUGAUAACAAUGUAAUCAGCUGGCCCAAGUCUGAAGAAAAGGGAAAGAAUGCACUGAUUGGAUCAACUUAUGUCACUGAUAAUGAGGCAGAAAAGGACAACAAAGACCCACCAUUUACCAACAAGUGUGGUGUGAAUGGAGGAACCCAAUAUAUCUCCAACCACGCCUUCAAUCUGAGCUCUGACGAGCUGAAGCAGUACUCAUUUGAUUUCGGUGUCAUUGCCUUGGAAGUAUCAGAGACCGAAGCUAAGGUCCAGCUAAACCCUCUUCAACUGCCUAACACCAAGGCCACACUACAUGUCCUCAGUCCUUCCCAAGAACUCGAAACUGUAAAUAAAGAACCUUUUUACCUUUACCAAACAGCAGACAGUAAAGUCCCUCUAGACCUAUUAUACUUGUGCACAAAGACUGGCAAUGGUCAUUCUGUGGUACAGUGGUCAAGGAUCGAAGAGGGUGUCAAUGCUUAUGGCUUCAAAGGCCUUCAGGCUGGCACCAAUUACACACUCUGCCUCACAUACGGAGGCGCGGACUGCCAGGUCCAAGUUGUUUUCACUACCCGGAAGAAGAUCCCGUCCUUAUUGAUCAUAGUGGCGGUCAGCAUAUUUCUGCUGGUGCUGGCUACCAUCCCCUUGCUGGGUGCCAUGUGCUGCCAUUUAUUUCACAAAUAUCAAGGGAAGACUUACAAACUAAUCAUGAAGACGCAGAAUCCGGAUCAGAUAGAGAAGCAAGUGGCUGCCGAUUUUGAUCCCGGAGCGUCUUUUGUGAAAUCUGAGAAGAACUAUAAUGGCAGUGAGUUUGGUGAGAGUGAGGGGGAUGAGGGGGAGGUGGAAAACGAGGUUGAGGGUGAGGAAGAGGGUGAGGAAGGAGACACAGAGGGCAGUGUAGUUACGGAUUCCAUUCCUGUGUCCCAUUCCAAAACAAACCAGGAGGAAUUUGAAGUGGGCUCCGAAUACAGCGAUCGACUACCUCUCGGGGCAGAGGCGGUGAACAUCUCAGAAGAAAUCAAUGGCAACUACAAACAGUCUGACUCUUGACUCUGUGGUCGGGAACUUCAAAACUGAAGCCAGCUCCUGGUGCCAGCCUGUAAUUUUCUUCUUUUUUUUAAACCAAAUUUUAUAACUGGCAAUUAGAUCGGUCAUUGUCUUGGGUAUUUUUUAGAGCGAAAGGCGGUUCACCCGUUAAUCACAGAGUGGCAGUUAAAAAUAACCUAAUGCUUUAUACAAGUUCAAUGGGAUACACACCUGUAAUAAAUUGCCUUAUAUUUGGCGUCACAGGUCCCUAAGUGAUCAUUCAUUCAAACAGGGUCCGAACACUCUUGAAGGGCAUAUUUGUGGACACGUUUUGUUCAUUUAAAGGUUAACGUUCGCCAUUUUCAGAACGUAAAACAUUGCCUUCUGACAAUUUGAAAAUUGUGAAAUAAAUAUCCGAUCAGAACCGGUAAAAGCCGAGGAAUAUACACGUAGUACAAACAGCGCGUUGGAAUGCCAUUCAUUCUCAUUGUGUUUUUCACGCCUGCUUUUUAGCAGGCUUAGGCGACUUGCUUUUUAGCAGGCAGAGGCUUGAACUCGCGUGAAUUUAAUUCUAUUAAUCCUGAUUAAAAUAAAAUUUAUUUUUUUUACUUGUCUGACAGUAAAGCAAAUGCUGGAAAUUCCCGGUCAUUGCCAACACACAGUGUUACACCUACUGUGGAUUUACAAAAAUGUUAGUUUAAGAUUCGCUCUUUUCUGAAAUGUUGAAUAUUUUUAGCUGUAUAUAUUUGUCUGUGGCAUGUCACACAUAAACAGUCUUUUUAUAUGUGCUUUGAUAGUGCAUAUGGCUUUUAUGUGGGUAUUAUUGUGUGCUGUAACCUCGAUAAAAAUCUUUUUUAAUUGUAUUUUUUCCUGAAAAAAGAAAAAGAAAAGAAAAAUACGUCUGACGGCUUUGAGUGUAAUGUGAAUCAACGCAUAGCGGAUUUUACGUGCCUAACUGUCCAACAAUAUUUUAAAGAUCUCCCAUCCCUUUACAUUUUUGAUAUGUUAAUGUAGCCUACGUAAAAUUAAUAAAAUAUUGAACGUUAAAUUUGCA